AUAAAUCACGGACCAUCAUCAACCUGACAGACAGACAACUCACUGAAGACCAAGUAUCCAUUCUAGAAAAAGGAGGAAAUUUUGCAGUCACCACCACCAGGAUCCCAGUAGAAAACAUCAUUGCCAAUGUUGAAUCAGCAAUUUACCAGCUCCCUGAGGAAGAAGCAGAGGAGGUAAGAAUGGAAACAGCAAGGAUCCUGAGAAAUGCAAAACUCCCCCCCAGCAACAUAACGAGAAAAGAAAGACAGGCCAUCAAAGAUCUCAACUCAGAUCCUGAAAUCAUCAUUCUUCCAGCUGACAAGGGGAAUGCCACAGUAAUCAUGGAAACAAAACAAUACAAAGAAAAAAUCAGACAACUUCUAGAUCCCACAAUUUACAAGAAACUGAAACAAGACCCCACUAACAAAAUCACCAGAAAAACGAACACUCUAAUCAAGAACUCCUCCAUUAACUUUGACAUACGCCAACAGCUGUGCAAAUCAGAAGCUCUCCCACCCAGGCUUUACGGACUCCCCAAAAUCCACAAGGACUCCAUCCCACUCAGACCCAUUGUAAGUGCCAUUGGAUCGCCGACUUACAACCUGGCAAAAUUUCUGGCUACACAGCUACAAACCCACAUUGGGCUCACUGCACAUUAUAUCAAGGACUCUACACACUUUAUAGAAAAGAUCAGCAACCUCAAUCUAAGCACCAAGGACAUCCUGAUCAGCUUUGAUGUGGUGUCCCUUUUUACCAAAGUCCCAGUAGCUGACACCCUCACACUAAUCAAACAAAACUUCCCAGAAGACAUCACAGCCCUGUUUCACCAUUGCCUCACCACUAGCUACUUUCAGUGGGACACUGGAUUCUAUGAACAGAAGGAUGGAGUGGCCAUGGGGAGCCCUCUCAGCCCAGUAGUAGCAAAUUUCUAUAUGGAAUACUUUGAAAAACAGGCCCUAGAAACAGCACCAAAAAAGCCAACUGUUUGGUUCAGAUACGUAGAUGACACCUUCACAAUCUGGAGCCAUGGAGAGGAAGAACUCAGCAAGUUCCUGGACCAUCUUAACAGCAUCCACCCAAACAUCCAAUUCACCAUGGAAAAAGAAAAGGAAGGAAAACUGCCAUUUCUAGAUGUUCUGGUCAUCCGCAAACCCAAUCAACAAUUGGGCCACACAGUUUACAGAAAACCUACACAUACAGAUAGAUACCUUCAUAAAAACUCCAACCAUCACCCAAGUCAAAAAAGGAGCACAAUCAAAGCCCUGACAGACCGUGCACAAAGAAUCUGCGAACCUCACCUCCUCCAAGGUGAACUCAACCACCUAAACUGGGCUCUACAGGCCAAUGGAUACUCCACCACAGACAUCAGAAGAGCUGCAAGGCCAAGAACAAGCCAUGAGAGUCAAGACAAAGAUCCACCCAGAGGAAAGGUGUUCUUACCAUACAUCAAGGGAACUACUGACCGCAUAGGGAAGCUGAUGAAGAAGCACAACCUACAAACUAUCUACAGACCCACGAAGAAAAUCCAACAAAUGCUACGGUCAGCGAAGGACAAGAGGGAUCCUCUCUCUUCUGCAGGAGUCUACCGGAUACCAUGCAGCUGUGGACAAGUCUACAUAGGGACCACCAAACGCAGCGCCCAAACAAGAGUCAAAGAACAUGAAAGGCACUGCAGACUAAUUCAACCAGAGAAAUCAGCCAUAGCAGAGCAUUUGAUGAACCAGCCUGGACACAGAAUACUAUUUGAGAACACAAAAAUGCUGGACCAUUCUAACAACUAUCAUGUCAGACUACACAGAGAAGCCAUUGAAAUCCACAAGCAUGUGGACAACUUCAACAGAAAGGAAGAAACCAUGAAAAUGAACAAAAUCUGGCUACCAGUAUUACAAAACUCCAAAAUCAAAACAGUAGAUGGGAACCAACACAAUGAGGACUUGACUGAACAAAGGAUGCCCCCAGGCAAGGGACAAAACAUUUCCAGUGCCAAUUAGGGUGAUUAACUGAAACAUUAAUGCUGGCUCCCAGUGACAAAGAACUCUUGCCACACCUUGGACUCUACACAGAUAUAUAUUCUUUCCUUUCCUGACUUAGUUUAUCCAUACCUCACAACCUCUGAGGAUGCCUGCCAUAGAUGUGGGCGAAACGUCAGGAGAGAAUGCUUCUGGAACAUGGCCACACAGCCCGAAAGACAUAC